AUUCUAUUUAGUUCAAAUUUAAAAUUAAAAAAUCAGCUAUUAAAUCAAAAAAUUACAAUGGAAAAAGAGAUAUUUCAAAGGUCUAAGAUGGAAGAUUUAAUAAAGAGAAGAUUUUUUUAUGAUAUAUCUUUUUCGAUAUAUGGAGGUAUUGCUGGUUUAUAUGAUAUGGGACCUAUGGGAUGUGCAAUGAAAGCAAAUAUUAUAAAUAUAUGGCGAAAACAUUUUAUAUUAGAGGAACAAAUGCUAGAAGUAGAUUGUUCUAUUCUUACACCAGAGCCUGUUUUAAAAGCAUCAGGACAUGUAGAUAGAUUUUCAGAUUAUAUGGUUAAAGAUGUUGUGACUCAAGAUUGUUUUAGAGUAGAUCAUUUAAUAAAAGCUCACAUCGAAAAGUUGAUAAAAGGAAAUUCCUCCGAUACCCUUUUACCUAAAAGCGGCGGUCAUAACGGUGAUUCACACGUAAAAUCGUCUUCCAACUUUGAAAUUUCUAAUGGAGAUAUUCGAAAAGUGAACCAAAAAGAUUAUAUUGGCACGGAUAAAUCAGUCGAUAAAAUUUAUUUAGUUAAGGAAUACGAGACUAUUUUAACUCAAUUAGAUGAUUAUAAACCGGCUCAAUUCCAAGAAUUGAUUCGAAAACUGGACAUUAAAAGCCCCGUCAGUGGCAACGAUUUAUCAGCACCGCUGCCUUUUAAUCUUAUGUUCAAUACCAAUAUCGGUCCUUCCGGAUUAAUUAAAGGUUACCUAAGACCUGAAACCGCCCAAGGAAUUUUCGUUAACUUCAAGAGACUUUUAGAAUUUAACCAGGGAAAAUUGCCGUUUGCUGCUGCUCAAAUCGGAAAUGCUUUCAGAAACGAAAUUUCACCCCGCUCUGGUUUGCUGAGAGUUAGGGAGUUCACAAUGGCCGAAAUAGAGCACUUUGUAGAUCCCAGUGAUAAGAGUCAUCCCAAAUUCGAAGAAAUAUCUACCCUGAAGUUAAAACUAUUUCCUGCUCAGGAACAAUUGAAUGGAGGUAUAGCUCAACAUUAUCAUAUACAAGAAGCCGUUGAUAAAAAAAUGAUAGCAAACGAAACGUUAGCUUACUACAUGGGUAGGAUAUACUUAUUCUUAACCAAGAUAGGCGUAUCCGCUGAUAAAAUACGUUUUAGACAACACAUGAAUAACGAAAUGGCUCACUAUGCUUGUGAUUGCUGGGAUGCCGAAUGCCUAACUUCUUAUGGCUGGGUCGAAUGUGUGGGAUGUGCCGACAGGUCGUGUUAUGAUCUUAUUCAGCAUCACAAAGCUACUGGCAUAAAAUUAGUUUCGGAAAAAGCCUUAUCUCAACCCAUCGUUAAAGAAGUCACCGAAAUACAAGUUAAAAAAGAGUACUUGGGUAAAGUAUUUAAAAAGGAUAGUAAAGAUGUUUUGCUAUAUUUCUCAUUGUUAAAUGAAGAAGAAAUUUCAAUCUUGGUUAAAAAGUUUGAAGAAGAAGGCAAAAUAAAAAUAACGCUCCCGGCAAACGGGCGAGAUUUGGAAAUAAGCAAGGAUAUGAUUUAUGUCAAGCGCUACGAAAAGAAGCUUUACGUUGAAGAAAUAACUCCAUCAGUAAUUGAACCUUCAUUCGGAAUUGGGAGGAUCAUGUAUUCCGUUCUAGAACAUAAUUUCAAAAUGCGGGAAGAUGACAAACGAACGUAUUUCUCUUUGCCUUCCUCCGUUUCCCCAUAUAAAUGUUCGAUUCUGCCUUUAAGCAACAACUCGAGUUUCAAGCCAUUAAUCAAAAUUUUGUCAAAAUCCUUAACCGCACUUAGCAUUAGUCACAAAGUGGAUAGUUCAGCAGGGUCUAUAGGGAGAAGAUAUGCUAGAACAGAUGAGAUAGCUAUCCCAUUUGCCAUAACUAUUGAUUUCGAUUCUUUGGUUGCUACACCUACUGUAACUUUGAGGGAAAGAGAUUCUAUGCUUCAAAUCAGAGCGAAUAUGGACGAGAUCUCACAAUUGAUAAGUGAUUUAUGUGAUGAUAAGAUUACUUGGGCCGAUGUUCAAAUCUUAUACCCUCAAUUUGUCCAGCAGGAAGCCACUAAAUCAUUCGAUUAAUUAUAUUAUAAUAAUGAUUUUUUAUUUAUGCACAUAAUUGUUAAAUGCAAAUUUUAAUAAAUAAAGAUGCGUU